AGUUGGACUUGGAUUGACCGAUGACCUCAUGAUCGGAUCGCUGUUCUUUCCCUUUUCUGUUAUUUUCUUACAGAGGAUUAUUUUUCUAAAAACCUAAAAAUUUGGUUUAAGGGUUCAAUUUAGUUGGUGAUGAUGAUAACCAGAGAGUUGUAAUUUCCAAGGAAUUCAAUCUUUGGGUUCUGGAUUGCAAAUCUUUGAAGAAAAAGAAAAAAAAAAAUGCGAUCUAAUAAUCUCUAUCAAAGUUGUCUGGCUUUCCUCCUCAAAUUCCUAAAUUUCCUUCAAACCUUCGUGGGUUUUUCCAUCAUAAUCUAUUCCGUAUGGAUGCUCAAUCAAUGGAAAAGGCACAAUCCGAUUCCUCAACCUCCAGCUCCGUCUCCAGAAUCUUCACUGGACAUGUUUAGGGUUUCUGGGCAAGAUCUUCCUUUGAAUCUCGCGGUAAAUAUGGUUUCUGGCCUUGAAGAUGGACUUGGGUUCGGCCUCAAAACCCUUCCUUCUCCUUGGUUCAUAUACUCUUUCCUGGGUAUUGGCAUUAUAUUAUGUUUGAUUACUUCUAUUGGUCACAUUGCUACUGAAGUAGUAAAUGGAUAUUGCCUGUGUUUUUAUACUCUAUUGACUACUAUACUCAUGAUACUAGAAGCUGCUUUUGUGGCUUUUGUUUCAGUUGACCAUCAGUGGGAAAAGGAUCUUCCUUGUGAUCCUACUGGGGAACUUGCUAGUCUUCGAGCAUUUAUUGAAGAAAACUUUGAUAUAUGUAAAUGGAUUGGCAUAACUGUAGUUAUAAUUCAGGCUCUGUCCCUACUAUUGUCCAUGAUCCUACGGGCUGUGGUCUCUACUAGGAGAGGAAAGGAUGACAGCAGUGAUGAUGAUUGCACUAUUAUUAGGGGUAGAACUUGGCAGCCACUAUUACAUCCACAUUCAAUCCCGACCGCUGGUUCAAGUUUGGCAGAUGGCAAAGCAGUUCACUCUGACAUUUGGAGCAACCGAAUGAGAGAAAAGUAUGGAUUGAACUCGGGGGAUAUUAAGUAUAAUUUGCUGGAUCAGAAUCUUAAUGCAAAUUCAAAUACAGGAAGUGAAGAUCGAGGAGGAUGUUCUAUUUUGUAACAUGAAAAAUAGCUCCGAAGCACUUUGUGCCUUAUGAGCUUUUGUCAGUAAUGCAAUUCUGACUACUUCGUAAUUCUUUAUUCUUGGUUUCUUUCUUGGUUUCUUGUUAGAAGAAACUGUGAAUGCGUAUAUAGCACCAUAGAUAUGGAUAAAGAGCAUUUGAUUGCUAUAUCA